CCAACAACUCUAAGGAGCUAGAAGGCAUGAGUGCUAGCCUGAUGUAUUCAGCCAAGCCCAGCAGAGGCAGGAAUGAUAGGCUGUAAGUCUAGACUUAAUCUGCUUCUUCCUUAGGGAACAGGCAGUUGAGAACAGAAGGCCAGUAGAUUCCUAAAAUUGGUGCUCUCAUGGAAACAUGCAGAGGCUAACUUAGAUAAACAAAGGGUGGAUUCCCCUGGAUGAAAGUCCUCACAUAAUUUCAUUCUCUCCUUAGCAGGUGUCUGCAUCACCAGCAUCCUGCCCACACUUCUUGCUGUUGUCCCUAGCCAGAGUCAUCAUGCCUCGUGGUCAUAAGAAUAAGCGCCAUGCACGGAAGAAACGCCACCAGACCCGAGGUGAGGCUCAGGCUUGUAAAGGUGUUCAGGAAACAGUAGAGGAAAUACCAGAGGCAGCAGAAAAGUCCUCUGCUGCUUCCCAGAGCCAGCCUGGGGCUGAUUCCUCCAGCACUCCUGAGGCUCCUGAGAGAGCAACACCAUCUGCCUCAAGCACUCUGAGUAUUUCUUCCAUUGAAUCACAUGAGAGUUCCUUUGAGGAAAGUGAUGAAUUCCAGGAAAAGGAAUCCCCCGUUGAGGACCAGCCUUGUACCAUCCGUCCUCACCAAGAAAUGGUAGCAGGAAAGGUAAUAGUGCUCUUACAGUACUUGCUUCACAACUACAAUCUGAAGCAGUUUACUACUAAGGAAGACAUGCUGAAGCUUCUCACCAAGAAGUAUGAAGACGACUUUCCUGAGAUCUUUAGGAAAGCCUCUCAGAAGCUCGAAGAUGCCUUUGCAAUGGAAGUGAGGGAAGUCAACUCCAGUAAUCCCACAUACAACCUCAUCAGCAAGCUGAAGCUCCCCAACAAUGGGAGGAUUCGUGCUGGCAAAGGCUUUCCCAAGACUGCUUUUGUGAUGUGUGUCCUAGGUAUCAUCCUCGUUAAGGGCAAUUGUGCCAGUGAAGAAGAGAUCUGGCAGAUCCUGAAGACGAAGCGAAUCUAUCCUGGGAAGAAGCACUGCAUCUUUGGUGAGCCCCGGAAGCUCCUGACCCAUUAUUUGGUGAAGCUGAAUUACCUGGAGUAUAGGCAGGUGGCUGGCAGUGAUCCUCCACGCUAUGAGUUCCUUUGGGGUCCCAAAGCCUAUGCUGAAACAAGCAAGGUGAAAGUCCUGGAAUAUUUGGCCAAGACAAACCAAACAACACCUGGUGCCAUCUCUGCCCUUUAUGAAGAGGUUUUGAAAGGUGAUCGGGAACAAACAGAAGCCAGAGAUGAAGAUAACUGAUGCCACUGAUGAAACUAGUGAAGAUUCUUCAGCAAAAUUACCAGCGAAUUCCACUGUCCCUGUUGACCCCUAAAGUUUUCCUGUCAUUGAGAUAAGGACAUAAAGCAUGAAAAAAAAGGUUUUCUUGAAAAUAUGAAAUAAUUCUACAGUUAGAAGGAUUAAAAGAUGUUCAAAUCUAGUUUUCAUUUUUUUUUUUACUAUGUCGUUUGGUAAAGUUACAUGCAAUUAAAUGUUAUUCUUUGCUUAUGAAAUAAAGUUGA